UGGGCGCCGGUCACUAUGAAAAAGCAUUCCAAACAGCUCGAGAAACGCAUCGCCAAUCAGCUGCGCGGCACAGACGACACACCGUCGGCAAAGAGACGUUCGUCGAAAUGCUGCAAGAACGGUGGCAUAGCGAAAAACGAAUCGAGCCCGGAACUGUCGCGGCCGUCGUGCCGACGGUCCCGGCAGUACUUCCUGGAACCGAUCCGCCGGUGGAAUUCGUUUCACAACAGCCGGGAACGCAAGCCGGCAGCGACGACCACGGCGUCGUCCACCACAGCCACCGGCACGUCGACUACGACCGGCGGUAGUCUGCCGUACCUGCAGACCCUUGUCAAUCUGCAGCGGGAGUCGCGGAGCGCGUGUGCUCGGCUUGCACAGUCCGUCCUGCCGAAAAUACAAAGGGGCGCCGAGAGUGCCCCCGUGCUCACCGAGCUGCAGCAUCGCAAAUCUGCCGGUACCGUGUCAACGACCGCGGCCACUGCUGCCUCCGCUAGUAGUCCGGCCAAAAAACAACACUCCAGCCCCAAUUUGUUGUUGGUGUACGACCGUCGACACGCUUCCAAUCCGACGGGCGGCUCACCCCGGCGCUCCACGAGGCGGCCAAAAACGCCGCCGCACCAGCAACAGGCCGCCGCCGCCGCCGGCGACGAUCCUCCGUCCGCUUCGAGUCAACUGUCCACAGCCGUCAAAGUGCCGUUCGCCAUAAUCGUAGGCGACACGACGGUAGUCAAAGACGCUGUCGUACCGCGGAUCAGGGCGAUCAGGGCGGAUUCUAUGACGGAGAAAACGUCACCAUCGUAUCUGGCCGUCGACGUGUCGCCCCAGCGGAGAUACUCGUUUUGUUUUGGAAAACGGACCGGAAGCAGCGCUCGACGACCUAACGAAUGCUUCGUGUUGGAGCCAUCGGAGAUGCUGGUGAUGGAUUAUGCAGACUCCCAAAGUGGUUUACGCUCAGUGAGUGCUUCCGUCCCUCGGUACACCGGUAUGGAACGUGGCGGAGCCAUCAAUCUCGUAUUCGACGACAGCUAUUGCGCUGCGAUUCGGCCUGAGCUUUAUCAAAAGAGCAACCGGAGCUCGCACAGUUCGGACACGAGUUCGGCGUAUUCUGGCAGCGACACCAUGACCAGCGUGCACUCGGGCAGCGUAUCCGUCGAGGCCGACGAGGUGGACCUGUCCGGGCUGGUCGAGUCGAUCGUGGACUCGGACGAAGACGACCUGGGAGACAGCAGCGAGAGUCUGACGGUGCGAGACACGGUGCGCGAAUGCCUGGAAAAGGACCCGUCGGAGCGGUCCGAGGACGACGUGGAGGUGCUGCUCGAGUUCACGCAGCACCUGAAGGCGUUUACCAACAUGACGCUGGCGGUGCGCCGAGCCCUGUGCAGCGUCAUGGUGUUCGCCGUGGUGGAGAAGGCCGGCACGGUGGUGAUGAACGACGGCGAGGAGCUGGAUUCGUGGAGCGUGCUGAUCAACGGGCACGUCGAGGUGGAGCACGUGGACGGCGUGCCCGACCAACUGCACAUGGGCGACAGUUUCGGCAUUGUGCCCACCAUGGAACGGCUGUACCACCGCGGCGUCAUGCGCACCAAGUGCGACGACUGUCAGUUCGUGUGCAUCACCCAGACGGACUACUACAGGAUACUGCACCAGGGCGAGGAGAAUACCAAAAAGCACGAAGACGACGACGGCAAGUUGGUGAUGGUCACCGAACAAAGGGGUACACUGGAGGCGGGCAGGAGAGGUCACGUAGUCAUUAGGGGAACGCCAGAAAGACUGAUGCUUCAACUGAUCGAGGAAAACUCGGUCAUUGAUCCGACAUAUGUAGAAGAUUUCCUGUUGACCCACCGCACGUUCAUCAAGAACUCCAUGGAAGUGGCAGAUCAACUGCUAAACUGGUUCAACGAGCCAUCGGCCAGGGACAGAGUCACGCGAGUGGUGCUGUUGUGGGUAAACAACCAUUUCACGGAUUUCGAGAUGGACCCCGUCAUGAUGGAGUUCGUGGAGAAGUUCGAGGCGUGCCUGGAAGAGAACAAAAUGGGCGGGCAACUGCGGCUGUUAAACAUAGCCUGUGCCGCCAAAGCCAGGACCAGGUGCGUUACCCUGGCCAGGCCGUCUCGAGAUCAGGUGCUACACUUUUCCGUGUUGGGCGGUUACGAGAGGAACUUCGGUGUGUUCAUCUCAAAAGUGGACAAGGGCUCGAAAGCCGAAGAAGUCGGUCUUAAACGAGGCGAUCAAAUUUUGGAAGUCAACGGGCAGAGCUUCGAACAUGUCACUCACGCGCGCGCUCUGGAAAUCCUGCGCGGCACCACCCACCUGAGCAUUACCGUCAAGUCGAAUCUGUUGGUGUUCAAAGAGAUGCUGGCCACGCCGGAUAACUCGCCGCGCACGAGAAACCGCCAAAAGCAAUCGGUCGAGAUCGCCCGACUCCAAGACGACCCUCGGGCCCGGCCUCUGCUCACUUGCAACCUGCCACCGCCCAUCCAACAACCGAUCAAGACCACCACUACUGCCACGACGUCUAGCAGCGGCGGCGGCGGAGGAGGGGGGUUCAUGACCCUCGGCCCCAAGAAACGUCUGCAGCGGGCUCUGAUGAAAAUGAACAUUCUGCCCAAAAACAUCAUCGGCAGCGACGUGUGCGACGACACUUCCGUUUCCGCGGCGUCCGCCGCCAAAUCGGACGCCGGUUCCAACAGUUUCAAACAGUCGCACAGCCACCCGGACCUGACGUCCAUAUCGUACAUGGACGACGCGCGGGCGGCGGCGGCCGCGGCGGAUUACCCGGAACACGUGCUGAAGGUGUACAAGCCCGACCAGACGUGCAAGUAUCUGCUGGUGCACAAGGAGACGACGGCUCACGAGGUGGUCAUGUUGGCCCUGCAAGAGUUCGGCAUCACCGAGCCCAGUUCGAAUUUCUCACUGUGCGAGGUGUCCGUGUCUGAGGGCGGCAUAAUCAAACAGAGGCGACUGCCCGACCAGCUGCAAAACCUGUCGGAACGGAUAGGCCUGAGCAGCAGGUAUUACCUGAAAAACGUAGGCAACACCGAGACGCUGGUCGGCGACGAAUUGGCCGCGGACCUAGUGCGGGAGAGUCACGUGCACUUUUUGCAACUAAACGCAGUCGAAGUGGCUGUGCAGCUCACGCUGCAAGACUUUUCCAUAUUCAGACAGAUCGAAGCCACGGAAUACGUGGACGAUCUAUUCCUGUUGGACAGCCGGUACGGGACGCCCAUGCUUUCGAAAUUCGCCGAGUUGGUCAACACGGAAAUGUUUUGGGUGGUCAGCGAGAUCUGUUCGGAACACAACCUCAUCAGACGGUCCAAGAUGAUCAAACAAUUCAUAAAAGUAGCUCGACAAUGUAAGGAAUGUAAAAACUUCAAUUCUAUGUUUGCCAUUAUUUCGGGGCUGGGUCACGGGGCCGUUAGCCGAUUACGACAAUCGUGGGAAAAAAUACCGACAAAAUACCAAAGGCUGUUUGGGGACCUCCAAGACCUGAUGGACCCUUCGCGAAACAUGAGCAAAUACCGUCAACUAGUCAGCAACGAACAAUCUCAACCUCCAAUCAUUCCAUUCUAUCCGGUAGUCAAGAAAGACCUAACGUUCAUACACCUGGGCAACGAUACUCACGUGGAAGAUUUAAUUAAUUUUGAAAAACUCAGGAUGAUCGCCAAAGAAGUGAGAAACCUGACCAACAUGUGCUCGUCUCCGUACGACUUGCUCACUAUGUUGGAACUGGGUGGACAGCCGACGUCCAAUGCCAUGGUGGCCCUGAACCAACUCACUACCGGUGCCAGCGGUGGACCACACCAAGCGGGAGCGGCGACGGUCAAAAGAAGAAAAAAGUCGACCGCAGCUCCCAACCCAAAGAAGAUGUUUGAAGAAGCUCAAAUGGUAAGAAGAGUAAAAGCUUAUCUUGCCAAAAUGAAAGUAAUUACUGAUGAAGAAAAACUACACGAGUUAUCUAUGAGCUGUGAAGGCUCGAGCGCUGGCGGUUCCAUCAUGGGUACCGGACCUAUUCGUAAGAGACACCCUUCACCUACGCUUUCCACGGCCAGUAGUGCUAGCAGUGCCAGCGAAGGACUAAAAAAUAGCGGUCCUAAAUUCGGCUCUGCGUCGCCCCAAGCGGUUAGGAAACUAUUGUCCUUGAGUGAGCCCAGCAAAACCAGAUUGCACCAGCCUAGGUAUCACAUGGCACCUUCUCCGGGUCCUCCGACACGACGGAACAUCCACCAGCCACCAAUUGUUCCAGUCACAUCGCAUGAACGUUCGCAUUCAGACACUACCCCUUUGAACCCUCCACCGCCGUUGCUCUUAUCCUCCGUUGAUCUAAAUGCUGAGAGUAGUAGCGUUACCAGCUUGUCAAACUUGUCCCUAAAAAAAACCGUGACAUCGACGGGAUCUGUUACGUCCAGCGAUUCGGGGCAUUCCACUCAGACUAGCGGCUCAGCAGAUGUUUGUAUGCCACAGGGAGCUUCGCCUCCACCACCACUCCAUUUGAGGAGACAUUCUGUGCUACAACCUCCAACUGGUUACCAAAUAGGAAACCGGCCGAUGUAUGCGCCGAACGUGCAAACCGUAGGGUCCAAUUGUGUACGAUCGAGGCCACCUCCAGCGUACAAUGCAAGUGUUGCUCAAAUGGCGGCCAGGAUGCAUCGUCUGGGUAGAGCGCAUUCUCACGAGGGCGUUACAUCAACUUAUUACAUGAGGGAUGAUGUCAACGACGACGAUGAUGACGACGCUCAAGUGUCCGCAGUAUGACUAGUCAAAAUGCCUUCGAUGGAGAAUAAUAAACAGCCAUGAACAUAUCAAAACAAAACCAAAAGCGCUUGUGAAAUUUUUUUAAAUUAUUGUUUUUCAGUUUACGUAUAAGUACAAAACACUUUUAAUAUACAUUACAUUGUUGUGUAUGUUUGAAAGCUAACCAAUUUUCGGUUAUAGAUAUUGUUUUGUGGUUAUUCUCAAAAACUGGGUAACUAUAGUUUUCUAUUAAUCUUUUCUACAAACAUUUCUCGUGUGCAAGCGUGCGUGCAACAUGUAUAAGCUAUUUAUGUAAUUUUAUUAGCAUGUUAUUUUUAUUAUUUUUUUUUGUAUAUAUAUAUAAAUAAUAAUUAUUAUUGAAAAGUGUUAUUUUUUUUUGUUUAUAACUGUAUCGACCGAAAAUAAACCUAUAUGAUCAUAAUACACGUUACAAUAUAGAACAUCUUAUAGUAUUGUAAAAUAGUAAGUUGAUCAUUUGACAUAAUAUGGACAAGAAAAAAUACUUAAAAAAACACACCAAUGCGUGUUAGUUGUUGAUUCUAUUUAACUCGAUUGAAAGUAUUAUUUUGUAUAAAUUGUUUGGUUAUUGGACAAAUCGUCUAAGCCAACUAUGUCAUGUGUAUAAUCCAUUAUAUUAAUAUUAGUAAUUAUUAUUGCCUUUGUGUUAUAUGAUUUAUAAUUUUUUUUUUGUCAUUUGUUUUUAAAUUUUAUUCCUAAAUUUUAUAUUGUACAUCUGGCAUUGAAUUUAAUUUAUAUAUUGUUGCUAUCGACUGAGUAUGUGUAAAUCAUUCAUAAAGAUUAUUGUGUUUUUUUUUCUAUCAAUUUUAUUUGUAUUUACUUUUUACCAUGACAUUAAGCUUUAUUUAAAUGUUGAAACAUGAACACUAUGCCAAAUCAUAAUUUUACGACCAAUGAUAUUAUCCAUCCAUGAACAAUGCUUUUUCUUUGAUCAGCGUGGAUUAUUUAUGUGGAAUCGAAAGUUAUAAAAAAACAAAAUAUUUUCGUAUUUCCUUCAUAAUAAAAUAUGUCCUAUGUUUA